AUAGACGUAGUCACCAACGAGCAACAAACAUACCAAAUUCCAAUAUACACUGUGUACACCAACUAUUUUAGUGUCAACAAACACCAAAUAUCCAAAAGGUGAACAUUUCAAAAAUCAAAGAAAUUGGACCAAAUAGAACAAAAACGAUUCAAUAAAGACUUGACUGUCAUCCAAACCAACAGAAACAGAACAAGUGAAAAUGUCGUCAUUAUAUCCAUCGUUGGAAGAUAUGCAAGUGCAUAAAAUGGUUCAGGCACAACAAAAUGUCUUUGUUAAUCAAAUGACUGCACAACAACAACAAAAACCAUUUCAUGGGCUGCAAUCGUCAUUGUAUGCACCGAAACCAAUUUCAAGCACCCAAAAUGUUCAACCAAUGGCUUCAGCACCCGAACUAUAUCCAGGUCUAACCGAUUUUAUGGGAUUGGAAUUGAGUUCGGAUGAGAUUGCAUUGAAUAUGCCAGAAUACAUGCAAAAUGCUGUGCUCCCAAUCGGUUCAAUGGCACAGUCUGGUACAAUGAUUGCACCAUUGUCACACCAAACGGUUGGUUUGCAACGCGCCCAAGUUACACAUGGCAUUCGUGAGGUUAUUGUGUGCAAAGGAACGGACAAGAAAAUUGGUUUACGUGUCAAAGACAUUAACAAUGGCAUUUUCAUAACGCUCGUGUGCAAGGAUAGUCCAGCGGCUCUCGUUAAACUACGUUUUGGCGAUCAAAUUUUACAAAUUAACGGCGAAAAUGUGGCCGGCUUCAGUAUGGACAAAGUCCAUAAGAUCUUCAAGAAGUGCCCGAAAAAUGACAUUACAAUGGUAAUUCGUGAUCGUCCAUUUGAACGUACUGUUACAAUGCAUAAAGAUUCGACUGGACACAUUGGCUUCCAAUUUAAUAACGGCAAAAUUGUAUCGAUUGUAAAAAAUUCGUCAGCAGCACGAAAUGGUUUGUUGAUUGAACAUCAGCUGCUUGAAGUGAAUGGACAAAAUGUUGUCGGCAUGAAAGACAAACACAUCACCGAAAUUAUUCUUGACAACAAAGAACAAGUCAUCACCGUCACCAUCAUUCCAUCGUUCAUAUACGAUCAUAUGAUGAAGAAGAUUCCAAUGUCAUUCAUUCGUGGCUCCAUGGAUCAUUCAAUUCCAGACGUUUAAAUAACAUGAAAGUGCAUUUUUUUACAAUUUUUCCUAAUGACUGCAAA